CGCUUAGCUUUCUGCGUCAGUUGAAAUAGUGGUCCGUGUGUGCGCUAGUUAGUAACGGAAAUAAUAUAAGAGUUUGUUAUAUGUACCAGGACAGGCAUGACACGGCUGAAGAUACCUUGUAUCAUCGGGGCGCUGCUCGUAGUACAAAGCGCCGCCAUCAUCAGAGUUCCCCUUCAUAAAACGAGAAGCCUACGGCGCCUGAUGAGCGACAAUGGGCUGUCUCUGGAGGAGCUUCGGGCUUUGGCGAAGAGCACUGGAGCACCUGACAGCUCUCCCUCCCCCAACCUGCCUGUGGAGAGGCUGACCAACUUCAUGGAUGCCCAGUACUACGGGGUGAUCAGCAUCGGCACCCCUCCACAGGACUUCACUGUGCUUUUUGACACUGGCUCCUCCAACCUCUGGGUCCCCUCCAUUCACUGCUCUUUCCUCGAUUUGGCCUGCUGUGAGUUUGCCAUAUUUGAUUCUUUCUCCUUUUUGAUUCAGGAAUCUCAGAUGGGCGUAUCAAUCUGCCUGUCAGGCUUCAUGGCCAUGGAUAUCCCGCCUCCUGCAGGGCCCCUGUGGAUCCUGGGAGAUGUAUUCAUUGGGAAGUACUACACUGUAUUCGACAGGGACGCCGAUCGUGUGGGGUUUGCGCCUGCCAACUAGUCUACUGAACACUGUUUGUAUAAAAUAUGUUGCACUUGUCAUUUGUAGUGGUUAUUUGACUUUAAACAUCACGCCAAGCAAAACCAAAUUUCAUCAGCAACCUUGAAUUAUUUUGAUUUGCACCAAGCAAAAGCAUUUAACAGCUUCAUAUCACUGCAAGGCCUGGCUUGCCACAUAAAUAUCUCACAUCUGCUUAUGAGGUUUACCAGAAGCUGGUUUCCAAAGAGCAAGUAUGGCUGCUAUGUUAAUAGCUAUUUACAGACAUUUACCAACUGUGACUGACAUCGAGUGUAGAUGUUUGCUGCCACAGAACAAAGGGACUGCUUCACUGAUUUCUUGCACCUGUCUAUGAGAUAAAACUAUGCAUUUUGAUGUAUGUAUGCAGUUUUUUGUCAUUGACAUGCUUUGGGGGAAGAAAUGCACCUCAAUUUUGUUUUUGUUUCAUUCCCAGAAACUGAAACGCAUUUCCAGUGUUUCAUAAUCAAUGUUAUAAUUUAGAGCUACUUUUGUACACUGAAGGUAUACUCAGGAUGUUUCUUUUAAUACGUGAAUUUUAUUACCAAAGUCACUAAUUAAAAUUUGAUAGAAAUAACGCUUGUGUCAAAUGGCAUCCAAAUUUGCAUGGAGGGGUUUAGAAUAUAACCUACCAUAGAAUUCAAACUGCAUGCUUCCUUACAACAUAAACAACAUACACAAAGAUGAACCUACAGAAUGUCAUUUGUAACAUUUAAUGAAGUAUACAAAGUGCUGCACCGUUCAACUCCAGAGCUGAACUACAAAAAGAAAAGCUGGGGGAAAACACACAGCAUGCAACACAUGGCCAGUAUGCUCUCCACAAGGUAGAGGUAGAGAUCUACUUUAGGUUUUGUUUUACAAUAACAAACAUGGCACAGUGACUCCCCUCUCACCAGCACAGUAGUCAUUUGUAGCAUAAACUAGGUCUGAAAAGGAAGACGCUUAAUAUGCGCGCAAAAGACGAUCUACUGUGGAUUCACUUUAUAUUGGUACAUCCAGAACAAAGCGCUUGAUGAAGCACAACAAGUGAUACUUUACAUGUUGAAUUGAAUCGAUGCAAAUAAAUAUCUGGCUGUUUUUGGUUACAAAUGUACAAUAAAUACAAAAAUAUUCA